GACCGCUUUGCUCUUGACCAAUUAAAGCACAAAUUUCCUGCUUUGACGAAGUUGGUGAUAGAAGCAUCCCAAAGUUUUGCUGGCCUAUCUGACUUCCCAGCACUCAAAUCACUAGAAGUGAAGACUACUGAUGACUGGAUUUGGAGUUCCUGGUCUGUUGUUUCCUUGCUUCCCUCCCUGACUCUCAGUGGACUGCAACGGAGAACCUUUCCUUUCAAUAUACAAGGUUCCCAUGCUUUGAUCCGUCGAUUGGAAAUUAGUCACUGCAAUCAAUUGUUAUCAUUACCGGAUGAUUGGCUCCCGACCGGCCUGUUGUACUUGGCCAUCAAGCACUGCCCUGAGCUCCAUACUCUUCCCAAAGGACUGCCAAAACUAAUAAAGUUAGAGGACUUGGCGAUCGAAAACUGCAGGCAUCUCAUGUAUUUACCAGUUAGCCUCAUAAACAUGGCCUCAAUUGCACGUCUCGAGAUCUCAGACUGUCCUGGCCUCUUGUGCUUGCCAAAUGAUGGUUUUCCAAGCAAACUUCAAUUUUUUAGCAUCAGUAACUGCCCGGAGCUCAGGCUACAAUGCCUUGGGAUGGGUGAUCAAGGCUGGUACACUCUUCAGCACAAUCUGCAGGUGUGGAUAGAUGGAGAACUACAAACUUCCUUGGUUCAUCACUACCCUCAAUUCACACAAGCACUGAAUAUAUCAAGUUAACAGCACCACGAUAUCAUGAGGUCAGAGUUGAAAUCUCAAGCAAGUAGAUAAGAACAAUGACAGAUACAUUAUCAAUAUAUUUUAAAUUUUAAGAAAGUGAACAAUGUUGAGAAAUUGUAACAAUCUCAGACAAUCAUAACCUUCUAACAUAUGUUAAUCUGUAACUCGAAGAACAGAAGCAAACUUAAUAGAGCUGCAGUACCAUUGAGAUGCAACAUUGACAAUCAGCAAGACCUUCCCUUUGUAAAUGCUAAGAUCCACAUCAUUUCCCGUGGCAUCCUGCAUCGGAAGCCAUACAACACAUGAUCAUCAUCAUCAUCUAUCAUCACGACCCACACUCGCAGAGAAAAAGUUUUCUUCCCCCACAAACAACAAAAACUCCUUACACUCGAGGCAUCAGCACCAUCAGCAGAUACAAUAUGAUGAUAGUUGUCCAAUCUGGGGGCUAAUUGAUCUGUCCAUCUCAUUUGACUUGACAGAAAACAAAGGAUUAAGUCGAGAACGAUGAAGGAAAAUACACUUCAUUAGCUUCAAGAAUUCGUUCCGAGCAAGAAACCAUUGACCAUCAAAAACUACAUCAAGUUGCAUAUAAUCACAAAAGAUUAAACAUGUUCCAAAAAAUCGACCACGACGGUAAACUCGAUCCAUCCCUAGAACCAAGAACAAUAAAAAAGAAAGACCUAAUCACAAGAAAUUCAAAACUACAGGGCAGUGGAUCUU